UACCAGGAUUUAACACACAGGGCUGUGAGGCAAGACAUACAAAGACCUCCAGAGAAGGACCAGUUCCUCGGAUGUUCCCCCUCACAGAGAGAUGAAGGGGCAGCAGAAGACAGCUGAAACGGAAGAGGGGACAGUGCAGAUUCAGGAAGGUGCAGUGGCAACUGGGGAGGACCCAACCAGCGUGGCUAUUGCCAGCAUCCAGUCAGCUGCCACCUUCCCUGACCCCAACGUCAAGUACGUCUUCCGAACUGAGAAUGGGGGCCAGGUGAUGUACAGGGUGAUCCAGGUGUCUGAGGGGCAGCUGGAUGGCCAGACUGAAGGCACUGGAGCCAUCAGUGGUUACCCUGCCACCCAAUCCAUGACCCAGGCGGUGAUCCAGGGUGCAUUCACCAGUGAUGAUGCAGUUGACGCGGAGGGGACAGCUGCUGAGACACACUAUACUUAUUUCCCCAGCACUGCAGUGGGAGAUGGGGCAGGGGGCGCCACAUCGGGAAGUACAGCUGCUGUUGUCACUACCCAGGGCUCAGAGGCACUGCUGGGGCAGGCGACCCCUCCUGGCACUGGUCAGUUCUUUGUGAUGAUGUCACCACAAGAAGUGUUGCAGGGAGGAAGCCAGCGCUCCAUUGCCCCCAGGACCCACCCUUAUUCCCCGAAAUCAGAAGCUCCCCGGACGACUCGAGAUGAGAAACGCAGGGCUCAGCAUAAUGAAGUGGAGCGCCGCCGCCGAGACAAGAUCAACAACUGGAUUGUGCAGCUGUCCAAGAUCAUCCCCGACUGCUCUAUGGAGAGUACCAAGUCUGGCCAGAGUAAAGGUGGAAUUCUAUCCAAAGCCUGUGAUUAUAUUCAGGAGCUUCGGCAGAGUAACCACCGGUUGUCCGAAGAACUGCAGGGGCUUGACCAGCUGCAGCUGGACAAUGAUGUGCUUCGACAGCAGGUGGAAGACCUUAAAAACAAGAAUCUGCUGCUACGAGCUCAGUUGCGACACCAUGGAGUAGAGGUCGUCAUCAAGAAUGACAGCAACUAACCUGGGGAUCCAGGGGCUUUGGGCCCUACAGCCCCUUUUUCAGAACUGCAGACAGCCCAGGAGCACCAGGCUAACCCGUGCCCCUUUCCUUCACUGCCCUUCUGGCAUGGGACUCGGGGGAGUUCAGAAAGUGUGUCUUUGACCUGAGGCCCUGUGAUAUAGCAGCCUGCAGUGGUGUGAAACAGCCACGUGGACGAGCACUAACAGCCUCGCCCGCCCCCAACAAGCAGCCCCUGGGCCCGUGUGCUCUUCUUGCACAAUGCAUGUGCUGUCUCGAUGCUGGAUACUGGACACACUUAACUGGAGAGCUUGUCCUGCGCUUGCUUAGAGUGCCCAGCAGAGGGUCUGCAGACUGGUGAUGCUCUGGCUUGCUCCAGGACUCCAACACUUCCACUAUUCUUCCUUUCCUUGGAGCUGAGGUUCAGAUGUGGACCUGGUUUGUCUGGAGAACAGGCUUUAGCAGGAAGUGGGAGAAGGGAUGCUUAGCAAUGGCUGCUGCCCAGGGAAGAGGAGCCUGGCCAGCAAGCAGCUAAGGCCUAUGCAGAUGUCUCUGGAGCCAGGGAGAACAACAGGCAGGGGCCCACCUGGGGCCUUCCCCUUUUGGGGGGAAGUUUUUUUUUCUUUUCCUUUUUUUUUUUUUUAAA